UGACAUAAGAAAUAACAAAUAACCUAUAUUUCAAGACAGCUGUUUCUGUUUUUGUGAAGUAAAUUUUGCAAUAGACCUUCGUAGUGGCAUCGGAAAAUUUAGUGAAAAUAACUAACACCGUAUUAUUUGAAAGAAGUAGUACACAGUAUCAUUUUCCCCUUCAAUUUCAUCAUCGAUUAAGUAACUUCUCAAAUAAGUAAUUCGCGUACGAUAUUUUGAAUAAACAAGUUUACGUUAUAGAUUAAUGUAAACAUAACGCAAAAGAAUAUUCAUAGCUAACAAGUUAAGAAAAUAUAUUGAAUAGUGGCAAUAUUUUGUGAAAUGGAUUUAAAUAUUACUUUUAAAAAUUUAAUAAACAAUAAGAUUGUUCUACUAUAAAUCUUAGUGGUAUUUGUGGUGGAAUAUUCUACCAAAGAUAAUAGAAAAAAAUUGCAAGUUAUUAAAUAACCAAAUAAAAUGGGAUUGAAAUUUUCAACGCAAUAUUUAGUAAGCAGUGUUACUGGAUAUGUAACAGGAAGGAAGCGAAAAUAUUGCGAUUCCGAUGAUGAAGAAGUGAAUAAAGUUAUAGAUAUUGCUUUACACACUCCUAAAAGGAAAAAGCUAGUAAGCACAGCCAAAUACAUCUACCAAGCAUUGUUUAUGGAAGGUCAAAAUUCUGAUGUUACAGUAUGUGCUCUGGGUGAAGAAUUCAACCUACAUAGGGUAUAUCUUUGCCAGAGUCCAUAUUUUGCCAGUAUGUUUGGAGGAUCUUGGUUGGAGACCAACCAGAAAUAUAUCAACAUUGAUAUUGUAGAUCCCCUCAUCUCUGUAGAUUCUAUGAAAGUGGUUUUAGGCUCUUUAUAUAAUUGUGAGAUUGUUUUGAAUCCACUUGAAAUAGUACCAAUUUUAGCUACAGCUACUAUGUUUCAACUGGAUGGAUUAAUUGAAAAAUGUACAGAAGUUAUGUUAGAAACUAUUAAUCCCAAGACAGCUCUAAGUUAUUAUAAUGCAGCCUGUUUAUAUGGAGAUAAAAAGCUACAAGAUGUAUGUUUCAAAUGGUUCUUGGUAAAUCUGAUGCCUUACUAUUUCAGUUUUCCUUUAUUAGAGUUAAAAACUAUUCCUGUACCCCUGAUGGCAAAGCUUAUUGCCGAUCCAGAUCUUUUUGUUAUUCAGACAGAAUAUUCCAUUUACGUGAUGUUAAAAUAUUGGAUAUACAUGCAACUUUUUACAGAAACAGAAGACCUUUCAAUCGCUACUGUUAAUGAAUACUUUUGUUCAAGGACAGAAACAUUACCAUACCUCCUAACUACAGAAGGAAAACAAUUCAUAUCAGUAUUCCAAGGCCUUAGAUUACAAAAUCUAUUAUCCCACCAGCUUGAUGUACUGCUGGUAAUAAGGGACAACAUUAUUCCUAGAACAUGGCUCGAUACUGUGAUUCUACAACAAUGGAAGAACGUUUUAAGGGUCAAUCAAAAUGAUGAUAAAGGACCAAGAGAUAUUUCUGACGAAAUAUUUUUAGCAUCUAGUUUAAGGUGUGGAAGGAUUUUAACAGUGAACGAGAGACAUGUUUGGAGGUGGACUGGGUUCCAUUUCGGUGUAGAUUUAUUAAUGAUCACAGAUGGAUCUACCAUUUCCAUUAAACGAAAUCAUAGAUCGGAAUUUGAGCAGUUAUUGAGUUUACAAACAACUAGGCAUGUGGCAAUAAGGGUAACUGUUACUCGACUUAAUGAACAAAGACAGAUUGUUUACAGUAAACAAUCGGAAAUAUUAAAAGUAUCAUUGUCAAAAGGCGAAGAAAUCCAGUUAAUGUCUUUUGAUAAAAAUGUGGAAUACCCUAUUAUAAUAUCAGCUAAUAUCUUGUACACAUCACCAGAAACACAAGAAAUUAACAUAGAAGAAAGGCAUCAUAAUAUAUCUUAACAGGUAUACUAAUCGCAUAUAUUUGACAUUCUGAAUAACUAUUAUAAUAAUUGAAAAAUUAAUGUAGCAAAGGUUUUUUUACAGUAAGUCACUCGAUAGUGGUGUUGGUGAUUUUAGGUAUUGGAAGCAUAGGGUGAUAUUCAAUUUCGUAGAUUAAUUUUUCUUAUAUGUCUAAUGCUCUAUUACGAAGAAACUAUCAUUUCAAAUUAUCAAUACUUUUGACAUUAACUAAAAUAAAGAUUAGAUGUAGAAUGUAUAUUUAAGAAAUAUACAAUUAUAUACAGUCUGUAUAAUGUUUAUCGAAAUUGGAUUUCUUGAACAACGAAUAUAAUUUAUAAUAUAAAACAAAUUAAAAAACUAACUAGGUAAAUUUAUUCCAGUAUUGUAUAAAAAGUUAUCAGAAUAGUCAAAUAUAAGUGACAGUAAUAUACAGUGAAAAUAGCACAAAGUAUAACGAAUCAAGUAGUAUACAUGCUGAUUCACUCUGUGGAAACUCCAAUUAAAAAAAAUAAUACGUUAUCGAAUUUGGGGGGUUUGAAUCAGCUUAAAUUAUUUGAGAUUAUAUUACCGAAUAUUUUUAUACUAUAUGUUUUUUUUAUUUACAUUUAGCUUGACAUUUAACAUUUUUUUUGUGUCCUUGUGAAAUUAUAUUGAGUUUAAAUAUUUUUGUUACUAUUUUUUUAAAAGUAUUAUUAUGGAUGUAAUCCAUAUCAGCUCUAGUUUUUGUAUAUUCCUCUAAAUUGUGAUCUUCUGCAUUUAUCUCUAUAUAAAAAAGUGCAUUUAUGAAUAAUUAGUUAGUAUUUGUUGGUUUCCAGGUCAAAUUAAUACGAAAUUGACAUAACUAACACUUAUGUCAGUUUGAUAAUUUGUAAUAAGGUGCUUUCAUUGAUAGUUUGAAAAAGAAAAAUGUUGUUAUAACUUUUUUUGGUUUAUCUACUUCCAAAAAAAGGAGAAAUACAUCAUCCUACUAAUUAUUAUACUUAGAACAAGGUAUUUCAGUCCAGUUUGUAGGUGAUCUUCGUUAAAAGUGGAACUACUUGAAUGCACUUAUUAAUAUUCAAAAAGUGGUAAUAAUUAUAUUGGAACUAUUUUGUGUGUCAAAAUAACUCCCACAAUAGUUUUUGUGUCAAAAUAACUCCCAUGAUUGUUUUUAUUAUUUUUCAAUGGAUUUAGCUUCUUCGAUAAGUAGAACUGAUUAUUGGUUGUUAGUAAAUAUUGACUUAUUCUUAUACUUCAGCUAAUAAUUUUAUUUUUCUAGGGUAUUAUUGAUGAGGUUCGUAUUGUAAAUUAAUUUUUCCUAAAUUGGAGUGUAUUUUUGAAGAAAAAAAAACAAAAUUAGAAUGCAAUGUUUAAUUUUAUUAUUUCAUAUUUUCUGUAUAUAAAAAAUGAGUUAUUUUGAUAUCACUCAGUUCUCAAAUACCAUUUGACAAGUUUAAUAUUUAUAUUAAAAUAAAUGUUUGACGUUAGUGACCGUUACAGUCACAGAAUUUUGAAAAAAAAUUUGUUAUUAAUUACAUAUAUACAGUGUGUAACAGCCUAAUGGUAUGAAUUCAUUAUUUUGAUUAUUGUAUAUGUUGAUUGAUGAAAAUGUGUGAGGAUUCUGGUCCACCUGCUUCAUUUUUUUAUAUGUCCAUACUAAUUCAACUGUUUUUUGUUUAUUUUUUUGUAUUAUUGCUUUUAGUUUUGUUAAUUUUUCAUUUCUUGAGUAGAAUAGGGUUUUAGUUCCUCUUGUAACCUUUUCUUCCACCUCAUCCAUCCUCAGUUCAUUUUUAAUGGUUUUUCCAGCCUCCAUUAUCUACCUGGUUCAUUCUUAGAGUAUGUUAAUACCAUUUUUUUUUCUAUAAUCACUACUUAUUUUGUUUCAUAUUCAAUGUCUUUAUUUUGCCCCAUUUUGCUCCCACUUAUAUUUUCAUAGAGUUUAUUAUUGCAUCGAUUUUUGAAUUUUUUUCUACUUCAUAUGUUGUAGUUGCAACUGCUUUUGUAUAUAUUUUCAUUUUCGUGUACCCAUCUGCAGUAAUUGAAUAAAAAUUUUAUCGUUCUUAUGUUUGUUGCAAUAUUGAGAUAAAAUAUAAUAAAAUUGGAAAUUGUAAGGGAAGUGUGCCCCCAUAAUGACAACGACAAUUCCAAAUAUUUGUAAUUCAGAUGAAUAUUUUCAAAAUUCGUUUGCUUCAGCUCGUUCAAAGAAAUAUUUUACUUCAAUCAGUAAAAUCACAGUGAUAAUUCAAUUUCAUCCCAACAAUGUUGAUAAUUGGGUAAGCAAAUAACUUAUAAUAAAUUCUUGAUUUCUGCUUGGGUCCAAUAAAAACAAUUGGAACAUUCAAUAAAUUAGCAUUUUCGAAGAUUUCAUCAUUUCUAGUCUGCCCUGUCUGAUUUAUUUACAUUGUCUUCUUCAAUAUUUUCCAAAGUAUCGUUCUCCUUAAAACCGUCAUUUCUCUUGUAAUAAUAAGUGAAGUAGAAAAAGUAAAAAUAUUUAUGUUCAAAGGACAAAUCCAGUUUUCCUAAAAAUAUUUAAUGGAGUUGAUGAUUUGAGAAAUGCUUUUGAAAAUAUACCAGCUAAAUGGUAAUGGGUCACAGACUUUCCACAUCAAGAGAUUGCACCCUAGGUAGGAGUUGAAGAUAUGGAUUAUUGAAGAAUGUCAAUUUAACAUGUUUUAUUUAUAUAUAGAGUAAAUAAAAUACUGAAUUUAUUCUUUUUGGUUUUUAGACACUGUAAAAAUUGCUGUACAUACAGAAAUUCAAGUGUCUCAAUUAUAUGAAAAACAUUUUUUCAAUUUCAAUUUCUACAAGAUGUUUUGGAAAUUCUAAUUUUGAGACAGAUAUGAUAUUUCUAUUGUGAAUUAUAUACUCUACCAACUUUAAAUUAGUAACUCCGUGUACCAUAGUAUGAAAGCGAGGUUUUUCGAGUGAUAUACAAUGAGUUACCCUCAAUUGAAAGUUGUUUUAGUAUAAUUUUGAUUUAUUUACCCAUUUAAUCAUCUACCUUUUCCUACCCAUUCACUAUCCCAUGGUUGCUUCUUUCUUUACCAUCCAAUUUCAAAAUUGUUGCUGCAUUUUUGAUAAUUACUUCUAUAAAUAGUUACAAUUAAUUUAAAAAAAGGUAAUUGAUAAAAAAUGACAUUAAAAUUAAAGUUUGUGUUAAUUUUGAAAAAUGAUAUCGUAUAAUAAAUUCUUUGUUAUGUUUAUGUUGUAAUUAUCGUUAAUCUGUCAAUAUAUAUUUUUAUAAAUUCUAUUAACAUUUUUGAUAUAUAUAUUUGUUAUGGAUUUGAAAGAAACGGGGAUGAAAAGUAUAGUUUUCGAUUAUUUGUUUCGGUUACCAUUUUUCUAGUCAUACCGAAUGAUUUUCCCUGGAGAUGUUACAUUUGUACAUACAAUAAAAUCAUUUUGUUUAAUUUGC